AUGCCCAGUAAGUUCAUAAGUGAACGCGAAACUUCGUGUUGCAUUCGUUGCAUUAUUAUGGUGCAUCCACACAUGCCCGGCGGCACGGCCGGCGGCCAAUCCGGCGGCCAAGCCGCCGGCCAUCCCCUGCGGCACGCGCGGCUUUUGGUUGCCGGCGGCAAUUUGCUUGCGGCUUCGAUACGGAAAAAGUAUCAAGAAAAUGAACUAUUGUGGAACCCAAGGCAUAUGGAUUUCAAAAAUCGCAACAAAAGAAAUGAUGCUAUUAGAGAUAUUGCUUCUGUGUUUAACAUAGCAUCAUCAGAAAUUGAGAGAAAACUGAAGAAUUUAUCCAGCCAUUAUUUUCGAGAAAAACGCAAAUAUGAAGAAUCUAAAAAGAGUGGAUCUGGACGGGAAGAUGUUCAAUUGCCGAAAUGGUUUGCUUAUAAGGCGUUAUCAUUUCUUAAUGACAAGAAUUCACCGGUACCGACUCUGAACAGCCACACAUCUAAAUCUUCUCAAGAUAAUAUCACUCCCCAGACUACGCUACCUUCGACAAGGACUUCACGAAAACGAAAUAUAGAGAUAGAUCCUGAAGUUGAUGAAGCUUUGCAAUUACUGAGGGAGAUUACAUCUGAUGCAAGGCAACGCGAUGAUGCUGCUAUAUUUGCAGACUAUAUAGGUAGCAAGUUGAGGAAGAUGGAUCGUUACACGAUGUGUACAGUACAACAUCAAAUCCAGACUAUUGUCUAUGAAGCAGAAAUGAGAAUGGGUUCGAUGUAUUUUGAUAGGACCAAUAAUACUACUCAGCCUCUUCGUUAUCAAAAUGUUCGUCCAAAAUACUUCACAGGCCAACCUACAACGUCAGCAAUGUCACCGUCGCCCUCAACUUCGCGCUCUUACUCUGUUCAGACUAUGAAAUGCAAAACAGCCCAGAUGUCAACACAAGUGACAGUCUGUUACUAG